AUGCUCGCCGCGCAGGGCCUCACGUCGCACAUCCUCCUUCUCGGCUUUCUGCUCGUCCCAGAUAGGUUUCCAUUCGAUUUGAUGCUCGUCGCACAGGGCCCCCCGUCGCACACCCCCCGCCUCGUCUACUUGCUCGUUCCAGGUCACGAGUUUCUACACCAGCUGCUCUCCACCAAUCCCGUGCUCCGAGCGCUGCUCGUCUUAGGCGGCGUGGUCGGCGUGGGCGGCAGCAGGGAGGGCGUCGAAACCACUAUAUGGGGGGUUGCUCUUAGCGGAGCAGGAGUUGCCAUGGUAGGGUUAUACAUAGGGGAGGGGCUGUGGCUUGCGCCCCCUGCGCGCAGGCGGAGGGUCGGGUUCGGGCUCGCGGGGGGGCUGCUGCUGCUGCAGGCGCUGCAGUUGGCGUUCGGCGGGCGGAACCCGCUGCUCGCGCGCUGGUGGGGGCUGCUGCUGCUGGCGGUGCUCCCCGGCGCGUGGGUGGCGGCGCUGCUGCUGUAUGAAGAGUUGCGGGACUGGGAAGGGGAGGAGGAGGAGGGUCGGCGGAUGGUGGGCGGGAGCGGGAGCGCGGAGGGCGCGCAGGGGUACUGGCCGGCUGGGCGCGGUGGGCAGAGGUUGGAAGGGACUGUGUUGAGUGAGGAUGACUGGAGUGUGGAGUCGGAGGGAGGGUGGCGGGCGGCAGAGGAGGCGGGGUUGAAGCAGUGGGAUUCUGUGAACGUGUUGAAUGAGGGAGGCGUUAAGAGCGGUGAGCGGUGCAUGGAGAUGGUUGGAGACGGUCAGGAAAGGGCGGAGUUGAGGGCAGCAAAUGCAAGUUUCGUAGCAGUUACGGUUGAUGCGGCCCAAGAAGAGAUGCAGCAGCAGCAGCAGCAGAUGGGACAGCAACAACGGGAGGUCAUUCCAGCAUCAGUAAAAGCCCAAGCUGCCGAACCUGCUGCUGCCCGCCCAUUCAGCACAGGCUCGGGAUGCCUUGGAACGUCCUCCGAGCCUAACAGCCAGGGUUGGGGGGGCAGCGUGGACGAAUCGCACGACGCCUCGUCAUCGGCCUAUGACAGAUCACGCACUGUAUCCGCCUCGGCAGCAGCAGGUGCGGGAGGGAAUGCUGCCACAGGACCUGUCUGGGUGGCUGAUAUGCUGGGGGGGUUUAUGGAGGAAGAGGAGGAGGUGGAGAACGGCGGGACUGUGGUGAUGAGUGAAAGUGAUAAUGACAGUAACGCUGGGGCGAGUGGAGUGGCGUGUGCGUGCCAUUCCCCACACGGGUGUGAGUGUAUAGGAGUGCUCUGUGCGGACGGGACGCUUGGGGGUAAAUGCAAUUCCGAGGUAGAGGAAAGGGGAGUACCAGUGGAAAGAGCGGCUGUGAGAGAAGGGGAGGGGAGGGAGUGUACAGGAUAUGGAGGGAAGGCGGGAGCUGAGGUGCAGGGGAAUGGGGAGUCAGGUCGGCAGGGAGCAGCAGGGCAUGACUCGGACGAGCAGAUCGAGGGACAUGGGCCAGAGCAGCAAGACGGGCGCUGCAGCGAGGGUGCGCCUAAAUGUAACGAGGGUUCGCUAGAAGGCAAUGAGGGAUACCCUGAGUGGCGGGAGCCUGCGCGGGGAGUGCUGGGUUACUUUGGGUUGGAGAUUGGUUCUGUGGAGACGUCUGAAGGGAAGCUCAGAGCUGAGUGGCGCAGCAGCCGGCAGUGGGAGACGACUGUGGAGCUUAGCGAGUGCGACAAUGGCUCUCUGCUCCCCCUGCCUGGGGUUUCAUCUCUGUAG